AGAAAUGAGCUGAAGUGACAAUUUAUAGUUCGAUUUGUGGGCUCAACGUCUGUAAAAUACGAGAUUAUUCCCGACGGAUAUAUCUAUACCAGCGGACACAGGGUCAGAUCCCCUAACUAUCCAAUUAUAUUGAAUUUAGUGGAAUUGAGGCUGGUGCUCAUGGGACCGGCCGGAUAUGGCGAGAUAUGAGCUGGAAUGAUCAUUUAUAGUACGUUUUCGGCUCAAAGUGGGCAAAAUACCAGAGAAUUUCCGCCGGACACGUACCUGUACCUGCGUACACACCAUUGAAGACACACAUAUUCUUAAUAUGUCGUCGGAGAUUGUUUUUAUCAUAAGUAGUCUUAAUUUCGGUAAUUCUGGCUAGCCUGAAUAGCCAGAGAUCGAGGUGAUAAUUAAUAUGAUACCAAAUGAUAUAAUAAACCAAUGAUCUUUUGAAUAUCUUUACUUUAUCACCUCUGGCUAGCCAGGGUAGCCGAACCAGACAAAAAUGUGUUCCGGCUGCUCCAGCUGUUCCGGCUGUCUGGCUAACUUCAUGGACAUCAAAUAAUUUACAUAAUUUCAGCAAGUUAAGCGAUCGAUUCGGUAGAUUACGCUAUAUAUCUUUUAUCUUUUUUAUAGUUAUAAAAUGAGUUCCUUAUUUUCCCUGGAACGGAUAAAUAAAAAACGUUUUGUCACACAUUUACGUGGACGGAAUUUCGUAAUGUGAGUCUUAUCUUAUCUAAAAACUUCAUUAAACACUUAUUUCUUAUAUAGUUUUACUUAAAAAAAUAAUCAUAUUUCAUGUAUCCUUUUGAUAUUUCUAAAAUAUGAUUUUUUAUAUAGCGUAUGUAGAUAUUUAAUCAGAUUUUAUUCACUUUGCCAUGAUGUGAAACACAAAUAUUUUAUAUUUAUUAAUUUUGUUUUAACAUCUUUAAUUGUCAGUUUGCACAUUGUGGUGGAAUUGUCUCGUGCCACGUGUAAAGUGUUAAUCGGUGCAAUUGUCCUGUGCAGACCUCAAAAAGCUAUAUGACCUAAACACUGUAUCACAUCAGUCUUUAUACAUUUGAUUAUUGUAUUAUCCGGGUAUGUUUUACUAUCAAAAGCGAAUUUUGUAAUUCAACACCCGGAUAACGAUCAAGGAAGUUUUUAACUAAAUGGCCGAUUAUAACGUUUCAUUAAUUUCUCACGCGUUGUUGGAUAUAGAAUUAACGGAUUGUAGCUUUUAAGGGAAACAAUGACAAAAAGGGACUGCGUUUAUGUUCACUUUAUUUUGCUAGCCCUUAUGCUACUUGAAACUCAAGGAUUGAUUCGGAUGGAAAAGAACGAUGACUGUUUACUGGAGAAUUCAAUUGUCGUAUGUGAAAAUAGAAUACCAUUCAUCGUACCUAGUAAAAUAUCAGGCAUUGUGAUCAGGGACUACUUAAAUAAUACUAUCGAUAAUAAAACGUUUUCACAUGACAGUUGGUCUUAUGUAGAUUUCCUAGAUAUAACAGUUAACCACAGAGUAGGGUUCGGUCUUCAUGCCUAUAAUUUUUUCUCACUAAAGAGUUUGAGACAUCUUGGGGUACACUCUCCAUUUUACAAGUUCGAUCACGAGGCAAAGGUUUUUGAAGGAUUAUCAAUGUUACACACAUUAAACUUAUCGUUAUGUCGUUAUCUCGAUACAUCAGCUAUUCUAACAUUACUCUCCCCAAUUAAUCACCUAGAUACUCUGCUUCUUGAUCAAGUUGCCACAUCUGGUGAUCGGUUUUUCAAAAUUGAUAAUGCAUUUAUAAAAACAAUCAAUGAAAAGAAAAUACACAAGCUUAGCUUGAGUGGAUGCAAUUUAUUAUUUAAGGAUCCGUUGCAUGUUAAUAAUAUGUCCAUGAUCGUUUUAUAUGAUAUAGAUAUGUCAAAUACGUCGUUUGUUAAACAGGUUAAUAUGUUAAUCAAUAGCACUACCUUAGACAUUUUAUUGCCGAAAAUUAAAGUUUUAGAUUUGUCUCUACUACAGAUAAGAUUUAUGAGUGUAGAUUACGAUUUCCUAAAUAAUUACAGUUAUGACAAUAAGUGUACCGACACGAACGGUUUCUUAAAAUUUCUAUUGAGGGUUGAAAAUUUUAUGCUGAACAGUGUACUGCCAAAACCAUUGAGCGCGAACAAUUCGUUUAUUGACUUAUCACAAUGCAAUGUCGAUUUGCGGUCAUUACAUUUAAGGUCAAAUCACUUACAUUAUUUAAAUGUAUCAAUCCUAUGGCCCGAGGAUAUGUCUCUAUCUGCUAUUGACAUGUCUUCAAAUGACAUUGAAUAUUUAUCUCCCUGGCUUUUAAAUUCUGUAACAUCACUUAAAGUAUUAAAUCUCUCAAACAACGAAUUGCACCAUAUGCAAUUUUCUUUAGAGUUUAGUCAUUUGUUUAUUAACCAUACAAUUUUACAACGAUUGGUUCUUUCUAGAAACCGUCUAAGAUUUCUACCUUUCGCGUUUUUGUCCUACAACACCAACUUAGUUAUGUUAGAUUUGUCAUAUAACAAAUUACCUUCUAUCAGUUUCGAAUUAAAACAGUUGAUGAAAUUGCAGUAUUUGGACUUGAGAAACAAUGACGUAUAUUAUAUUGAUGGUGGUGAAUUGAACUCAUUAAAGGCAUUUGUAACAGAUUUCUCAACGCAUCGAAAAAUAUAUCUUGAGAAUAAUCCGUUGAUUUGUAAUUGUAAAUCAUCAAGUUUUAUUAAAUGGUUACUAGUUUACAUGACAAAUACUUUCAAUCAAAGUCUGACUUGUUCUUUGAAUGAGAAAGAUGAUGUUGUCAUCAAUGAGACUGUGAUCAAAAAGACGGAAUUUUCUUGUAUUCGUUCAAAAGUAAUCAUAGCUUCAGUUUCAACAGUGGUAUUCUUAAUAACUGUUGUUUCCAUCGGGACUGGUUUUAUGUACUACAGAAAGAGACAGAAGAAAAAAGGGAGACGAAGGGACACUUUUAUUGAUGAUUUCAAACGUGGUAAUGUUCCGGAAAAGUAUUUGUGUUUUGUAUCUUAUUCUAGCGAAGAUAAUGAAGCAGAUAUCAAGCAAGUUUGUGCUUUAAUAAAAGAGUCUUUACAGGAAUUUAUUCAGACUAACAAAGAACUUCUUUGUGUUGGCAAUGAAGAUUUUAAUCUCGGAAUUCCAAUCGUUGAUGAAAUAAUGAAAUGUAUUUCAGAAAGCUGUGUUGGACUUUUCUUUGUGACAACCAAUUUUUGCCAGAGUCAAUGGUGUGAAAUGGAACUUCGAGAAACAUACGAAUUACACAAACCAAUUAUUCUGAUAUUUAAAGAAGAAAUCGACACUUGCAUUAUGUCUCCAUUAAUGUUAAAAAUCUUUAGACAAUAUACCCGAGCUAAGAUUGAUUUUAGAGAUGGGCAGAUACAAAUGAUACCGAAUUUUAACCAAUUAUCAAAGUCCAUUGUAAUGCUAGCGUCAUCUGCGUAUUGUAAAGAAUUUUUGUAAUAAAAGAACGUAUUUUUUCAAAGGAGAACAAAUAUGGUAAAUCAUACUACCCCUAUAAAUCUUAUUUUCUCUAUAUACAUGUAUUUGAAUGAUAAGUUUGAUCAAAUAUACGAUAUUGUUACUGUUAUAAUUAAACAUACAUGUAUUAACGUUUAUUUCUAACAAUUCAAAUUUAUUUAGGUGAGCAAAAUCCUGUUGCUUAUCUUAAUUUCAUACAAUUUGGCUAUCCUCAUUUGCGGCUUUUGUUAAUGAGAAUUUACUUCUGUUAAUUAAUAUACCUCUAUAAUAAAAUAUAGCAAGAUAGAAGAUAUAUGUUUGUUUGUUUGUAAGAUGAAAUUCAUUUUCACCGAGUGAGCUUUGAAAACAGUAUUUGCACGAGUGGCGUAAUUUCAUUUUUAUCUUUAGCUUAUAUUAAAAUCUGAUUUCCACACCAGAAGCCUCAAUUUCAGACGAAUUUCUCAUAAAAUACAAAAACUUGAGCAAAUGAAAUAAGCUGGACAAUUAACGUUAAAUGGCGAUGAUAUUUUUUUUUAAUUUUUAUUAUAAACAAAACAUAUGAAUGAUGCUUGUUUAAACCAUCAAAACAAACAUUUCAAAGAUUUGGAAAAAUUACACCAUAGCAAACCUUAUUCUGUUUUUUUUUUACACCAAUAAAGCGAAAAGACAUUUUAGACCAUAUUAUUCCAACGCUAUUUUGAAAAAAAGUGUUUAUUUCAAGGAAGGUAAGAAUAAAAUGUGACUGAAUCGAAAGGAGGAUGUGAAAAUACUUUCAUUCGAUUUGGAUGAACAGUUCGUAUUUGUUAUUGAAGUUUACCAAUCAUCAUCAUGAAUGAAAUCAAACUGGCGGAAUAAGCGGGGGAUAUACGAAUAAAUAAUACAGUUUAUUUGCUUUAAACAUUAUAACAACGUUUCUAGCAUAAUAAUAGACAGGUAUCGUAGGUAUUAGCAACAAUAUGCAAAACAAAAUGUUAUGAAAUCUGUGUUAGCGGAGAGAAAUUUGUUAUAUGACAAAAAUAUAAAUCUUGAUUUGAUUUUUUUUUGUGUGAUGAAAAACAUAAAGAUUUCUACAUAAAUUAAGAGAAAAAAUGUUAAUUAUCUCCUCUUUUAAAGGCAAAGUUUAAACAUAUUGAUGAAUUUUGAGUCAUUUUUCUAGAAUUAUAUGAUAAGAUACUUUCAAACAUUGUGAUUGUUGACCAAUGCCAAUAAUAACUUGGCAAAUAUUUUAUUCUUAUAUCUAUAUAGUAAGGGUAGACCAACAAGAAAUGAUAUUCGUCCUCAAUUUGAUUAGAAUUGCAAAAGGUACAUAGUCGACUUUGCCUGGGUGUGUCGUCAUGUCUUCCAGUUUCAAUAUGCAAAUUAUGUGGUGAUAUUCUGUAUUUAGUUAAAGCUACUCUAAAUUUUUGUUCACAAACAUCUGAAAAAUAUUUCUGCAACAUAAAAUCGUGUUUAUGUAUUGAAUAAAAAUGUAAGCGACUCGAAUUAUUUAUUUCACAAUAUCAAUUUUGUUUGUAAGUAUCAAUAACUCUUAACUUAAUCUCUUCAAACGGAAUAUCUAUAUCAAACUGACAAUGCGUAAUUUAACUGAAACCGUGACUAUCUUAUAUCAUUUUGAUUUGAGUUGCCCAAUUUUGAGAGAAAUUAUUUCUAUUAUCUGUAUGAUUUUUCAGCAUGAGAAAUGUUUGUUUAAUAAGCGAAUUUGAUCUUGUUUUAAUAUGUGAACCCAAUACUUAAGCAUAUUUAUUUUUCUAUUACAUUCCAUCGGUAAUCGUCAAGUUUCACCAUAUAGUCACAUAAAUUGGUUGGCUUUUUGACACAAAGAACGAACCCGUCUUAAAAAUUUUGUAUGUACAGCUCCUAUAUCUGGUGCUUUAUGACUGCCCCAUAUUUGUGAACCAAAGUUAAGAACUGAACCACCAAGAGUAUCAAAUAACGAAAGCUUUUGGGACAUUGAAAAUUCGGCGUAAUGAAGUAUUUUAAAUAAAUUAAAUAAAGAAAAUGAAGCAUGUUGCGAAACACUUUUUUGGUUGCGAAACCAGUUACCAUUUUUAAACAAAGUUAUUCCUAGAUAUUUAAAAGAGGGAACUAUUUCAAUUAGAGUGUUGUCAAUGUAAAAAUCAAAUGUCGUAUGUCUGCCACGUUAAAAAAUCAUAGCUUUUGUUUUAGAAUCAUUUCAUAAAUUACUCAUAAAAAUAAAUUAAAUAUGUGUAUAGAAAAAUCUUUUUUUUUAUAAUGAAUGUUAAUUUUCAUCGGAAACACAUUUAAACAGACAAAAGUCAAAGUCAAGUCAAAUAGUUUAUUGGCAUAAACAUUUUACACGUUCAUCGCCAAGUUAUAUGAAUGGCAGUUUAUAAUUUAACAUAAAACAUUGCAUAUACAAAUACAAAUUUUGUAAUAAAUACAUGUACAAAACAUACAUAAUAUUCAAGUACAGAAAAGUAUGUUGAUGGAUUUAACAUAGCUAUAUAAUUACAGGCAAAUAACAGUGAACACAAAAAAAAAAAAAAAAAAAAAACAAUAUUGAUUUUCAGAUUAAUAUUGUUUGUAAAUAAUAAAAAAAUAUUAACAGAAAACUAGACAGUAUUUCUUUUUAUCAAAUGAUAAGUGAAUAUAUAAUUUAUCUAAUUUUAUCAUAUAUAACGUUUUUAGAAGAAGCAGUCAUUAUACUUUUAAAUUUGUUUAUAUUUGGCCAAGUAUAAAAGUAUCUUGGUAAAUAAACUGCUCUUAAAUCAGAAUAAUAUGGACAUAUCAAUAACAGAUGAUACUCAUUUUCAACCACUUUCAUAUAACAUAAUAUAUUGUUUCUAUCUAUAUUUCUGAAGCGACCUUCCUCUAUAGCUAAUCUAUGAGCCAAAAAUCUAAAUCUUGAAAGGGAUUUUCUAUUGUUUAUCAUUUGUUAUAAUACUAAGAUAUUUUUCAUAACCAAAAUCAGUUUUAAUUCUUUAUAAACUUCUAAUUUUCUAGAUACACGCAGUUCAGCAUACCAAAAUACUGUUUUAUACUUAUACAUAAAUCACAACUAGAUAUCAAUAUAUAAGUAAGCACAAGUGAUGUAUUCAUAUUAACAAUUGACAAUGUCUUGUUUCGUGCCAUUUGUACUUCAUAUCUCAUAACUAAAUAAAACAAAAGAAAGAACUAUUUUAGAUUAUAUUCAAAGACGCUCUGACUCAGGUUAAUUGUUUUAAAUCACGUGAAACAGGCUUAGUGUUUUGAUUAGUUGUACAAAGAAUUAUUGACAAAUGUUUUUAUUCUGAUUAUAAUUUUGUUAAAAUCAAAAUUCUUAGAAUAUUGCAAACAGGCUCAGUAUUUUGAUUAGUUGUACAUUGACAAAUAAUUUUUUUAUUCCGAUUAAAAUUUUGUUAAAAAGAAUCAUAGAAUAUUCGAACCAGCAUUUAUGUUUUGUUAUUGUUGUUUUAAGACCUUAAAAUCAAAUCAAAGUGAAACCAAUACGGAAAAAAUAAAAUUGUUACGGGUUUAGUUUGAUUGUGCCAGGUCAAACACUAUUGCGUGUCUACACUUCCUUGUGUUGUGAUAGCUUUUGUGUAUAUAUUUUGCGAAAUAUAUAUUUAAUUUAGAUAUUCAUUGCUCAUAACGAAUAGUGUUCAGAGGGUUUAUUGGUGAGCGUAGAUUCUUGUAAACUAUUGAGUUAGCUUAGUAUAUUAAAAAAAUUAGAUUCUUUAUGAUAAGUUAUUUAUAAGCAUUGAACGAAAAAUCUUUCGCUUUUUAGGUGAAUUUUGCAAUGAAUAAUUAAUGUAAUCCAUGAGUCACUUUUCCAAUCCAGGAAGUUCAGAAAUCUCUCGUCAACCAUAAUAUGAAACCUCGUUUUGAAAUUAUAAUACAUGUAUACAUUUUUCUUUAUUUGAGUGUAGGAUUGAGUGAAGUCUAGUAUUAAAAUUUGCAUCAAAGGGUCAUUUGUUUGAUUUAUUCUCUUUCCUUAAUUUCACACCUAUUCCAGCUGAUACCGGUUUAAACGCCUAAUCAAUCAACCUGUGGGGUUCUAUGGAAUUUAGGCUUAGGCUUACAGGGGACAAGCCGAAAAUGACAAGAAAUGAGCUGAGGUGACCAUUUAUAGUUCGAUUUGUGGGCUCAACGUUGGUAAAAUACGAGUUUAUCCCGACGGAUAUAUUCAUACCAGCAGACACAGACAAUAAUAUUGGAUUCAGUGGAAUUGAGGCUAGUGCUCAUAGGGGCCAGCCGGAAAUGGCGAGAUAUGCGCUGAAAUGAUCAGUUAUAGUUACGCUUUUCGGCUCAAAGUGGGCAAAAUAACAGAGAAUUUCCGACGGACACACAUAUACCUGACUUCACACUUUUGAAGACACACAUAUUCUUAAUAUGUCGUCGGAAAUUGUUUUCAUCAUAAGUAGUCGUAAUUUCGGUAAUUCUGGCUAGCUUGAAUAGGCAGAGAUCGAGGUGAUAAUUAAUUUGAUACUAAAUGAUAUAAUAAACCAAUGAUCUUUGAAUAUCUUUUAUUUCAUCACCUCUGGCUAGCCUAGACAAAAAUGUGUUCCGGCUGCUCCAGCUGUUCCGGCUGUCUGGCUAAUUGGAUGACAUGGACAUUAAAUAAGUUACAUAAUUUCAGCAAGUUAUAGCGAUCGAUUCAGUAGAUUACUCUAUACAUGUAUAUUAUAUGGCGUAAACACUGUAUCACAUCAGUCUUUAUACAUUUGAUUCUUGUAUUAUCCGGGUAUGUUUUACUAAUAAAAGAGAAUUUUGUAAUUCAUCACCCGGAUAAUGAUCAAGGAAGUUUUAACUAAAUGGCCGAUUAUUUCGUUUCAUUAAUUCCUCACGUGUUGUUGGAUAUAGAAUGAACGAAUUGUAGCUUUUAAGGG